AAUUUAUUGCUACAUACUCGUCCGACAACCUCAACCGUCGGAUUAAACAAUCUGCUCAAUUGAUUGGUUAGCUAUGGCUUCCUCGUUCGACAACCAAAUGGAUCAGGAUGGAAUGUGCUCCGUGUACUCUGCUCAGCCAUCGGAGACAAAUUGCUCCAUCAAUGAGGUGCUUGCCAAAGAAAUUAUCGCUGUCAAUGAGACGCCAGAUGAUCAAGCUGAUUCUUCGAUCUACCCAAUCCCAAAAUCAGAAACAAAUGUGUCAGCUAGCGAAGGGUUCCAGCCAUGUCAAGAUAUCAAUCAAUUCAAUUUGUCCGUUUACUCUGCUCCAAAAUCCGAGACCCCAGUGACCAUGAAUGAGAAGUUCGAGCGGUGCAAAGACUUGAUGAACGUUCUUGACUACUCUGUCUACUCAAUGCCACCAUCAGAAGCAAAUGUUACAAUGAAUGUUGCAAGCUUCUCGGAGUACACUGCCCUUGCCUCGGAGACCAACGUCACAAUGGCUGAUGUUCUCAAGAACGUUGCUCAGGAUUUGGCGUCAGAGCACACUGCAAAAUCAGCUCAUCCAACAUUCGACACCACCGCCUACGUAGAGCGCCUUCAAGCCGAGCUCGGGAUUCCGGAUAGCAAAGUGAUUGGAUUGGAGUGCAGCAAUUUUUCGAAUGCGAAGAUCAUUGAUUCAAUUGAAUGCCUUCAUCAGUUGGACAAAUUCCAACCAAUCCCGGUGGAUUUCGAUCAGAAUCCUGAUUUUGGAAAAACUGCCAAAUCUGUGGAAAGCUACCUCUUGCGUUCAUCCAAUGCCAGUUCAAUCCAUCACGAGAUCUGAAGAAUCGGAACAAAUUAUUGAACUUGGUCUAUAAAAAAUGUCGAAUCAU